GCACACAGAUAAGUGGCUGUUAUUACAUUCAUGCUCCUUUCUCCAAUUCGGGACUUUCUUUUCAUGUAGAAAGCACUAAAGCAGGACCCCGGCUCUGCCAUUAUUUCAAGACAAGGACCAGUAAAGUGACAAGUAGAGACACAAAAGGCAGAGGAAACUUGGUUCUUGAGCUGACACAUGGAGGUAAUUAUGUUGCUUGCAUUCCACUCGCUGUGAUGCUUCCCCCAUGGAGGGCUGUCUACCAUUCCUGUAAAGAACCAAUGCACCACUGCACCGUGCCUCCAACUCUGCCCCAACUCAGCAGCCCACAAAUUCCUUUGGACUUAUGAACAAAGAUGCAAAUACUGCUUUGCUCCUUCCUGGGUCUCUGCUGUAUUGUUGGAACAUUUGCUCAAACGGUGAUCAGAGGCACAUCCGAGGAUAAUGUGACACUGCCCUGCAAGCACAGGCUGGGGCUGUUGGGAAGAAAUCUGGACAUUGAGUGGCUGUCAAAUGAUUCAAAUCAUGGGCAAAAAGUGAUCCUCAGCUACAGUGGAGGUCAAGUCUAUGAACAUGAAGAACUCAAAGGCCGUUAUAGCUUUUAUUUGGACUUCUUAGCUGGAGACGCUGACAUAUUUAUCAGGUCAUUGACGCCUAGUGAUGCUGGACCGUAUACAUGCAAAGUGAAAAAUGCUGGCCAGUAUGAAUGGAGUUACAUCACCUUAAAAGUAUUAGUGAAGCCAUCGGAGCCUAGUUGUUGGAUAGAAGGAGACAAAAUAGUGGGCAGGAAUGUCACACUGCACUGCAGGUCAACAGCUGGUUCAGAGCCCAUGAAAUACCAUUGGCAGCGUCUAAAGCGCCAGGAAUACUCACCUACAUUGCACGUAUACACUCAGAAACUGUUAAUGCAAAACGUCAGUAAAGCAGACAAUGGCUCGUACCGCUGUACUGUAUCAAAUGACGCUGGGAAACGGAUAUGUGACUUACACCUGGCAGUAGAGACUCCAAGCAAUGUGGCAUUCCUGGCAGGGGUCACUUGUGGCUCUGUAGGUGGGGUGUUACUUCUACUUCUUAUCUGCUGGUACUUGUUUCGAAAGAGAGAGCUCAAGAAACGGGAAGAAGAUGAGUUCCUGAACGAAAUUAAGGAGGAUGCGGAAGCACCUAAAGCUCGUCUAAUGAAACCUGGAUCAUCUUCCUCAGGCUCCAGAAGCUCUCGCUCAGGUUCUUCAUCUACUCGAUCUACAACCAACAGUGCCUCUCGUAGCCAACGAACACUCUCAACACAGGAAGCUUCUCAUGGGGACUCAAGGCAUCACUGCCUGGAGCAGAUAUAAGGGAAAUAGAAGCAGAGCCAAGUUAUUAAAGAUCUUAAAGAAUGUAUGAGUCCUUUGUGCCACCAGGUUAAAAACACUGGCCCCAUUCCAGGAGAAGCUUUGCCAAGUGGUGACGUUCACGUAAAAAUCUUGACAGACCACGUAUUUGGUUUAUUCACCAGUAGAGGAUUUGCACCUAAACGCCAUCAAAACAGCAAAGUGAUCUGAAGACACUUAAGAUUUUUAAUCAAAGAGGUAAAAUAAAUUAUAUGAAGAAACUGAACUUCAUAUAUGAAAAGAGAAUGUGUAUACCGGUUCUACAAAGUGUAAAGGCUUCAUGACGUAGACAAUUCCAGGAAUGAAGAUGUUACAUUUAUUACUAUGGACUAUGUAGCAAUGUGAAUUGUUUUUGUAAGGGAACACUUCCAAAUACGUUGAAGGUACGAAAUAAUGUUUGACAAAACAGUUGUUCUAUGAGGGAGAUAUUUUUUGAUAUCGUUAUUGUUUUGACAGUGUGAAAUUCAAUGUUCUGUAAAGCAUAAACACGUUUAAUACAGAUUUAUGUACACCUUCGCAACCUUCUUUUUAAUUGUGCAAAUGCAUGUGAAAUGCAAAAAGAAACAGCUUUGCAAUAGGUCUUGAUUUAAAAUGUCCAAUCGUUGUCUUCAUAUGGCUCCUAGGCAAAUCCCAUACAUUUCCCGUAUAGUCUAAUCCUACAGUCAUAAGUUCUUCCUUC